AUGCACUUCACGGAAGACGAAGCAGUGGAUGUGAAAUCAUGGGUGGUGAGGCGGCUGGAGGAUAUCUCCGAUGCAGAUUCAGACGUUCUCGCCGACUACGUGCUGGCGCUGAUCCGCUCCGACGCGCCUGAUGAAGAGAUUCGCCAGGCGUCGAUUGAUAACCUGGAGGAUUUCUUAAAAGAGAACACUGUCAGCUUUGUGGAUGAAAUAUUUAAGAAAUACAAUUCCAAGCCCAAGCAAGCGCCGUUGGAUACUGUGUUAUCAACGCCAUCCCAGAACGUUCCGUUCUCUCAACCCUCAUCUUCAAUGCAAGAUGCACAGUUCGUCACAUCUGUGGCUGGAAAUUCAGACUCUCCCGGCAAAAGCGCCGCCUCUCAAGAAUUGGGAUUGGAUUUUGGUAGCAGGAAACGAAGCUUUAAUGAUGUAUCUCAAGGGCCCGAUGAAAGUGAUUCGUACCACCGAAGCCACGACCGCCCCUUCAAGGCAAUGCGUGGCAGACGCGGUGGUCGAGCUGACCGAAUGGGAGGCGGAUGGGACAAUCGGCGAGCUGUGCCGGCUUCUCAGCCGCCGUUCCCACAGGGUCAACGCAACGGUUUUCCGAACGUCCAAGCUCCUCCGCCAGGAUUCCCACCGUUUGAUGCCAACAAUCCCAUGGCUACAAUGCUUGCCUUACAGACCAUGGGAUUCCCGCAAUUGCCCGACAUGCCGCAUCUCCCCCAAGUACCUGCGCAAGGUGGCGCCCCACCCGCCAAGCUGGCAGAACGGUGUACGAGCUACGAUACUCAAGGCUUUUGCGUGCUAGGAAGCACCUGCCCCUAUCAGCAUGGCCCGGAUCAUUUAGUGGCCCCAUCCAAGGACGAUGAGUAUGACCCGACCAAAUCGAAUAUCGUAACAGAACGACCGGCGUCUGCCAAUGGAACAGCUGGCCACACUAGUUCUUCUCGUGGUAUUGAUAGAGGGAGACUUCGUGGUCGCGCCCGAGGCCGUGGGCGGGGUGAUAGAGAAGGUUUUAAUAGUCAGAAACGAGGUCGCGCCGAAUUCUCACAGGUCGGCCCAAAUGAGGAUCAAUCAAUCACCACUAUUGUUAUUGAACAGAUACCGGAAGACAAGUUUGAUGAGCAAACGAUCAGGGAGUUUUUCUCUGAGUUUGGCAAUAUCAGCGAAGUUACCUUGAAGCCUUAUCGACAUAUUGCGCUUGUUAAGUACGAUGACUUCACCGCAGCGAAGAGUGCAUGGAGUAGCCCAAAGGUCAUUUUUGAUAACCGAUUUGUUAAGGUAUAUUGGUACAAACCUGGAAACGACGAGACCAACGGCGGUACAGUGCCAGAAACACCGUUUGAUCAAGAAGAAUUCGAAAAGCAGCAAGCCGAAGCUCAAAAGUUGUACGAGGACAAGGCGAAGAAACGGAAGGAAACUGAAGAAGCCAUGCAAGCUCUUGAAAAACAAAAAGAGCAGCUAUUUAAGAGACAGCAGGAAGAAAAAGCAAAACUGAUGGAAAGACUUGGGAUUAAAACCACCAACAAUGCUGAAAAUGGGGAAGAAGUGGCAUUAAAUGAGAAUCAACUUGAGGGAGUGGAUGCGUCGGCAUUAAAAAGUAAUGAGAGCGAGAAGACAAAACAGCUUCGUGCACAGCUGGCAGCUUUAGAGGUUGAGGCUCAGAGCCUUGGCCUUGAUCCGAAUGCGUCUUCGGAAUUUUCUCGGGGACGUGGACGCGGCUGGGCAGGCUAUCGUAGCCGUGGAGGGUUUGCACCGCGAGGUCGUGGAUAUGACCCGUCUGCUAGUCGAGGUGGGUACCGUGGCAGGGGAAGCUUUCGUGGCCGCGGAGGAGUUAUGCGGCUGGAUAACAGGCCUAAACGAGUCGCAGUGUCUGGGGUGGAGUUUGAUGCCAACCGUGAUGAGGCAUUAAGGCAGUAUCUUCUGACAAUCGGAGAAUACGAGAAUAUUGAAUCAAACCCAGACCGGUCCGACUCUCAGAUUGUGACUUUCAAGGAUCGGUACAUAGCAGAACAGCUUAUCUACGGAUCUUCCAACAUCCCGGGCGUUGGUCAAGUUGAAAUGACGUGGGUCGCCAAGGUGCCGGUCUCCCUUUCCGCACAGCCAACAACCAAGCAGACCGAUGGCGACACGGCUAUGGAUGGGGAUGAUUCUGAGCUUUUAUCAAUGAGGAAAGACACCGGCCACGACGUUGAUUACGACGUUGCCGAAGUCGACGAUUCGUGGUGA